AUGGGUUCGAACCCGAAGUUUGUUCCCGAGAUCGGACCCGAUGGUCUUCCCAAAGAAGCUCCCGUUAUCAGUUACACGGAACAGAAAAUCGAAGCAGAACAACUUCAAUUGAAGAACAUUCGUGCUGCUGAACUAUUCACAAGGUACAUUGAAGAAAACUAUUCUAAAAUUCGUGAUGUGGAGCGUGAGCUUGCAAAUCUUGGAAUGGAGAUGAAACUUACAUCUGGAUCAAAGAAAGCAGAGGCAUCAACAGAGAAAAUUCGUGAGGCAAAGCUAAAGGAAGAACAUGCACAUAAGGCAUGUUACUUUUAUGCACUACUAUUAACUAUUUUUCCUGCUGCUUGCAUGGCAUGGGAAUCAGCAUCAAAAGCAGUGAGGGAUGAAGAGGAAAUAAAGCGGAAUUUAUGUGAAGACUUAAGCAAACUGGUUGAAGAGAGCAACAACACUCAGUUGUCUAGGCUGGAGGAAUUAAAAAGACGAUUGGAAGCUAUGAAUCCAAAUCGGCAGUCAACUAGUCUUCAUAGUGCUGGGAGAUCAAGUUCUCUGGAUGGUGCAAUACAAAAUGGCUUCCCCGUUUCCAGCACAAGGGAAUCAAAUGGAGGUUCGGCUGGGAAUGUGCCGGACCAAAAUAAUGGUCAGAAAGUUCCCGUGUCUAAUGAGCUUAAACCGAAGCCUCCUACUGAAGGAGAACAAAGAAAUAAAAAGAAAGUUAACUUAAGAGGAAAAGGAAUUGGUGCAGUGCCCAAGACAUGGUCUUCAACUCCUGACUGGACUGGUUCCGGCUUUGAUGUAGAUGGCAGAACCUAA